AUGAUAUCUGCUCUUGAUUGCUUUAUUUUAAUAUUUCAACUUUUAUCAAGUUUAUUAUAUACAUCAAUUGCUUUAUUUUUUACUACCAAAUUUUCAAAAAAUGACAAGGAUAAUAUGAAUUCAUUUUAUACAGCUUUUAUAAUAGGUUUUUUUAUUGAUCAAAUUGAACUGUUAAAAACAAUUAUAUUCGUUUCAAUACCAUCAUUUGGUUACUUUACUGAAUUUUAUCGUGAUAAUCCAAUACCACGUUAUACAAUUGGAGCAUUGGGUUAUGUUUGUACAUUUGCUUCACUUCUUGGAUCAUUUUCCUUGUCACUUAAUCGUUUAAUAGCUACUAUUUUUCCUUUUUUUUACAAAUUAAGAUGGUCAAAAUAUAGUAUACUAAUAAAUAUAUUUAUUCAAGUCAUAAUACCUAUAAUUGUUUUUCAUCAUAAAUAUGGUAAACAAGAUAAACUUAUAUUUGAUGGAAAUACUCAAAAAUGGGUUUACUCAUCAGAAAAUAGUGUAACAUCAAAAUAUAAUAAUACAGUAGCUACUAUCUUUAGUACUAUAAUUUUAAUUCUUCAAAUUUUAUUUAAUAUUAUUAAUUUUUAUAAAUUAUUAGUAUCAAAAAAAGACAAAAAUCAUAUGACGGAGUAUCGAAUUAAUUUAUCAUUAGUUGUAUAUUGUUUUGCAGCAACAUUAGGCAAUCUUACAAUUUCACUUCGUUAUUGGAUAAAAUUUAUAGGUUCAUAUCAAGGAAAUAUUUCUUUGAAAAAUUUUGGUCAAACAUUAGGUACUUGGACUUCAGUAAUUACAACCACAUCAGAACCAUACUUAUUAUUAAUUGUUAAUAAAAAUAUUAGAAAUGAUUUUUUUAAUUUUUGCAGAAAAAGAAAAACUAGUGUUGAUAUUGUAUCAAGUAAUACGAAUAAACCAAAAGUUAGUUAUUUAGAAUAA